CAUAUCGUUUCGUCUGUUUCCUGAACAGCCUCGAGAUUCAAUAUGGCUGCCGUUGAUGUAGCAGACGAUGCAGCGGGUGACAUGUAAAUUUUGUAAAUAAAAGAGUGAAAAAAGGCUUUAUUUAAUUGUAACAAUAGUGUAUUGUAAAUAAUAAUGAGCGAACGGGAGCAGAAGGAUCGAGAUAAUGAUUCGGACCGAAUCGACGAUGCGGUGGAUCCAAGAGUUCAGAUCGAAUUGGAGCGUCUCAAUACAGCCACAGAUGAUAUAAAUAAACUGGAAGUCGACUUGGAUGAAGCCAGAGCAACUUUUAGGCAGCUACUGUGCGAAUCUACAGUGAAGAUUGACACACUUGCUAAAAAACUCGGCGCUUGUAUUGAAAAGUCAAGGCCCUACUAUGAUUCAAGAUUCAAAGCAAAAGAGGCUCUACAGGAAACGCAAAAGGCGGCGAUCAGGUUCGAAAGAGCCAACAGUCAGCAUGCGGCCGCCAAAGAAAUGGUUUACCUUGCUGAAGAAGGGCUGAGAACAGAAGGCAGAUGCUUUGAUCAUGCCUGGCAGGAAAUGCUGAACCACGCGACUUCCAGAGUGAACGAAUCGGAACACGAAAGAGCAUUGUCAGAGGUUGAGCACAGACAAACAACAGCCGCGUAUCACAGAGCAGAGCACAAUGUUCAGAGGCUUCAGAGGGAAUUAAAACGUGCCAUAGCUAAGUCGAGUAUGGGUGCACGCCGCAGCUUACUUCUGAUAAACAGUAUCGCCUACAGGCACAACUUGCUCAUGUUGCCCUAUUACGAGAUGAAGGCUCACUUCAACCAAGUGCUGGACGAACAAAAAUUGCGAGUCGGAGUUCUGGAGAGAUCAGUAGCUGAUGCCAAAAUGACAUAUGCCGAAGCGCUGCGGAAUUUGGAACGAAUUAGCGAUGAAAUUCACAGGACACGAAAAUACAACGGGUCCGAUUAUCUUGGAAACCGAACUGGAGACUCGUCCCAUUAUUCCUCGAACCAAACGAAUACUGCCACACCAACAGAUUCGAGCAUAACCGGAUCACCGGAUAGCACGGAUUACACAAGCGACGAGUAUUUGAGAUUGCCAGAAAAAAUGGGACCACAUCCUCCCUGCCUGCUGCCGACAAGGGCCGAUAACGACCCCAAUUCCGAAUACCUAGGCCUAAGUAAUUUGAAUCUAUCGUCGACGGAGCCUAGGAAAUAUAUAAAACGAGAUAGGCCCAGAAGUAUCGCGGUAAUGGACGUGAAACAUAUCAAUGCAAUGCCAAACAAGUCGAGCACGUCAACGCCGCAGCUGUCAAACCUGUCGUCGAGUUCGGGAAGGGAAAAAAAGCUGAGAAUAAUGUCGCCCCAGGAUUCAGAGAAGAAAAAGAAGACCAAUGGGGUUUUACAAAACGGCGAUGAGUGGACAGAAAUUAGCCUGAACAAUUCGCCUGAAGAAAAUUGUUACAACAACGAAACUUACUCGGACGAGGAUGACCCCAUACCCUACAAACCGCUGCCAACUGACUUUAGCCCUGAGGCUGCAAAUUCAACGAUCGCAGACAGCGUAAUUCAACCAGUUAAAGAAGAACAGAUUCGCAAGAAAUUAGUUACACAACAAUCCUUACCUGCCAUAUCCAGAGUCCACGACGUCACGAUCAACGAGGAUAAGAAAUCAGAGGUCACGAGGAGCCCAUCGAUGAAAAGUCGAACCAAACUCGACUCCAGCUUGGCAAACUGGAUUUCUAGGAGUUCGGCCGCCGGAGAUGCAAGCAGCAGCAGUUCCACUAGUUCAAGCCGUCGUCAGUCUUUGGACAUCUUGUGGAGCGGUGGAACGGGUGAGCGUGUCAAAGAAUUGCUGAAUCAAGGAAUGAUGAUGCUCAAUAUAUCCAGCCUGACUGAACGACGAUCAAGCGAACCCAGGGCGACUGAAAAGGACAAGGAGAAGGCGGACAAGGCUGAGAAGGCCGAGGCUAAGGGAAAGAAGGUGCCGAGUCCGCUUGAGAAAAGCAUGAGUUACCUUAAUCCUGAGGAGGAGACGUCCGAUAGCGAAAGUUUGGCCAGCGUUGAAAUGCUGACCGAAGACCAGAUAUCUUCGCUCAUGAUGGAACAAGAUAUGAACAUAGUUUGUCAGGAGAUUCUUGGCACUCCGUUGGUCGAAGUUUGCCCAUUGCUCCAACAGCUUCAGGAGCAGCAAUAACUCUCAUUAGGUGAAAUUGGUGCAACUAGCAAAUUGCCCCCUGAAAAGAAACUAAUUGUUAAUAACGAUGAUUUAUUGAUCAGAAGAGAAAAUAGAAUUCAAUUUCGGGGCCUCAUUUAAACUUCUCCUAAAAUUCCAUUACUUUAAUUUAUCCUCUACUAUCGUACCUUGUUAACUUAUUACCAUUAUUACUACUAUUAUUAUUAUAGGGUGUGCAUAAUAAUUUAUAUCACAGGAAUCAUUUCGUAAUCUUUUUUUUAACACCGCAGUGAUGUGUUUCAAAGGAUUUUCAGUGCUGGUCACUUUUCUUUGUAGAGUUCAAUUCCGUUUAUGAGUUACAUAAAUCAUUGAUUGUUGUUUAACCCAUUUAUACAAAGAUAUAGCUAAAAAAUGAAUUCUUUACAAACGAAAUUGAUCAAUUUUUAAAUAAUGAUAUAUUUAUGCCAUAUCAGUGAAAAAUCACCCCGGUUUCGACGAGACUUGUUGAAAGAUAAUAUUUUACACUUGACAUGUUUACGCGACGUUACUGCAUUAUUGAAAAGGAGCAGA